AAAGUAAAUGAAGAACACUAAAAAUGGUUACAAAACAGAGUAUGGUUGAAAAAACAUCAGAGGAUUAAAGAUUAGUUUUUGUUCAAUUGAAAUUGAAAUUGGAAGGAACAGUGCAGUUCCCUUCAAACUAAGAUUUAAAGAUUAGGCAUUUGAUUUCUGAUUUCAGCAUCACUUUUUCAAGAGCUUAAUUGAAGACAUUCCAAAGGAAAAAAGGAAGAAAUUGAGAAGAUUGUGAAAAGUGGGAACAAGAAUCAAGGUCUAAAGAGAUGAAUUUUUUCACAUUUCUUCCAAAAAAUUAUCACCACCACCUUAAGUUACCAAAGAAGUUUGUGAAGAACUGUCUAAUGAGUGAAUUUCCAGAGAUUGAUGGUAGUACUGUGAGUUUGAAAGGACCAAGUGGGCAAACUUGGACUGUUGAAUUGAAGAGAAAAGAUGAAAGUAAAUUGUACUUGAAAAAGGGGUGGGAAAUAUUUGUGAAGGAGCAUAAUCUGAAAGAAAAUGAUGCAUUGUUCUUCAAAUACAGAUCAGGAGGAAUUUUUGAUGUCUUAAUGUUUGAUGAUGGGGAUUUUUGUGAGAAAGAAAGUUCAUAUUUUGUUAGGAAUUGUCAAGGUUGUCAUAGGAGUACUAAUGGGGGGUUGAAUGAGGGAAGAAGAGUAGAAAGCGAGCCUAGGCGAUAUAAUGAAGGAGAAAAUGAGCCUAGGCGAUAUAAAGAAGGAGAAAAUGAGCCUAGGCGAUCAGAGGAAGAAGAAAGUGAACCUUCUAUAGAGAUCAUCGAACCGAAGAGGUUGCGCUACACAGACAAACCAAUCACCAUUAGUGAUGAGGAGCAGGAGGAGGAUGCUGACAGAGAAACACCAAGAUUACUCGGAAGAGAAAGAGAACCUGUUUGUUAUGGACGGCGUUUGCCUAAAUCGGUUCCUGGUUGUCAAAGCAAAGCGAUAGUUAGAACAACAGAAGUUUCUUUUACAGGCGAAAACAGCGAAGAUGAGGAGACGGAAGUUAACCAAGUAUCCCCACUGGCUAUAGCAUUGCAAAGAAGAACUGUCCACGCAAAAGAGAUCCAUUUACCUUAUAAACAAGCUGUUCGUGAAGGUAAACGUCGGGGAACACCGCAUUUUGUUGUACUCAUACAACCUAGCCAUGUAUCAGGCAUCUGCUUCAUGGUAAUUCCUAUUAAAUCAGCAAGGAAGUAUUUACCUUAUGGAAGUGACAACAUAUCCCUUAAGAUGAAUGGUAAAACAUGGCAAGCUCAAUAUACAUAUUAUGGGAGGAUUGCAGGAUUCCGUGGUCCGGGUUGGAAAAAAUUUGUACUCAAAAACAAAUUGGAAGUAGGAAAUGCGUGUUUGUUUGAGAAGACUACUUCUUCUGCAACGUCGUCUAGAGCUACAAGCAACUCAAUUACCUUCAGUGUCAGCAUCUUCCGGAAUGGUGUUUAGCUGCAGAAGGUGGCAUCAAGUCUAAUGACAGAAAAGAUGAGGAAGACCGCGAAGAAAGUCACCAUUGAAUCAGAUGAUUUCCUAUGUGUUACCAAAGUAGCUAGUUUACAUUCAUGGUAUUUAUAUUGUUAUCAGUUCUGUACUUCUGUUUGAGCUUGGCUUAAGUUGCUACGCACUUUAAAAAUUAUUGGACUCCUAGUACUACUGAAA